AGAGCGCAGGAGGAAACUACCGGCAAGACGCCGGACUCGCGGGAUCUGGGGCUGGCAGGGGGCGGGGCUUGGCGCGGACCGCUAACGGGAGGGCGGGGUCUGGGGCUCUGAAGAGUGGGGUUUGGGUGGAGGCGGGCAGCCACUUAGUUGUCGCCGGCACUCCUCGGCCUCCGCCCUAGAGCAAACCCGGGCCCAGCCGGCCCUUGGGUCGCCAUGGAGUCCACUCUGGGCAUGGGCAUCGCGAUAGCCGAGGCGCUGCAGAACCAGCUACCCUGGCUGGAGGACGUGUGGCUCUGGGUCACCUUUCUCGGCGAUCCCAAGAUCCUCUUUCUGUUCUACUUCCCCGUGGCCUACUACGCCUCUCGCCGCGUGGGCAUCGCGGUGCUCUGGAUCAGCCUCAUCACCGAGUGGCUCAACCUGGUCUUCAAGUGGUUUCUGUUUGGAGACAGGCCUUUUUGGUGGGUCUAUGAGUCUGGGUACUACAGCCAGGCUCCAGUCCAGGUUCACCAGUUUCCCUCUUCUUGUGAAACUGGUCCAGGCAGCCCUUCCGGACACUGCAUGAUCACAGGAGCAGCCCUCUGGCCCAUAAUGAUGGCCCUCUCUUCCCAGGUGUCCACUCGGACCCGCAGCCGCUGGGUAAGGAUGAUACCUGGCCUGGCUUAUUGCACCUUCCUGUUGGCGGUUGGCCUGUCCCGAGUCUUCAUCUUGGCACAUUUCCCUCACCAGGUGCUGGCUGGCCUAAUAACUGGUGCCGUCCUGGGCUGGCUGAUGGCUCCCCGGGUGCCCAUGGAGCGAGAGCUAAGCUUCUAUGGGUUGACCGCGCUGGCUCUCUUGCUGGGCGCCAGCCUCAUUUAUUGGACCCUCCUUACGCUGGGCCUGGAUGUUUCUUGGUCUAUCAGCCUAGCCUCCAAGUGGUGUGAGCGGCCUGAGUGGGUGCAUAUGGACAGCCGGCCCUUUGCCUCCUUAAGCCGUGACUCGGGGGCUGCCCUGGGUCUGGGCAUCGCCCUACACUCUCCCUUUUAUGCCCAGGACAGAUCUCCCACCCUGGUGUCCUGUUUCCUAAAUUGGCUUCGAGUUCCAGGGCUGGAGAAAAGAAUAGUUUUCUUGGCUAGGAGUGGAGAUGAGAAACCUCUACUCCAUUUGGGAGCCCAGAGAAGAGAGACACUGGCCCCAGAAGGCACUGGCAGAAACAAGUUUAUUUACACAAAGACACACAGUGUAACGGGUUACAGAAUCCUUAACUGAAAUCCAUAUCCAGGGAGACAAAGCAAUGAGUGGGUUUACAUGAGAACCAGACCAGCCACAGGGAGAGAGGGGGGUAAGGGGCCUGGAGCCUGGGGCCGCACGGGGAGGCCUGGUACACUGGGCCUAGCCCCAUCCCCAUCCCCCAGGAGGAUCUAGAACACACAACAUACAAGUGCGCAAUGAACCGAUGGUGGUGGGACUCCUACCCCUCCCCUGGCUCCCUCAACCCUGCUCAGGCCCCCAUUAGGAUAAUAAAUAUGUAAACAGAUUGGUGGGGCCCUGGGGAUAGGAGGAGAGGAAGUGUAUGUGGUACUGGGGGUGAGGAGGAAGAGUCAGCCCCCUAGGAGCCACUUCCCAUCUUUGGUUUCCUGUGGGCUGGCUGGACAGCAUUCCCUGGAAGCCUUGUGGGCCCUCCAACCCUGGAAACAGAGAGGGCUCUGCAGGGUUCCUGGGAAGGCAAAGGGGCAGUACCCAGCCCCCUCCUGGAUUUAGUUUCCUUGGGCUGGUGGCCAACACAGGGAGCCCAGGAGGAAUGGAAGCUCCAGCUGAGGGCCAACUUCUAGGUCCCUGGGUUCUGGCUUUCUAGAACCCCCACUCUCACUAUCCCCAAGCUCCAAAGCACAAGGGGCCAGGAAGGAGGGGAGCCACUGACCUUCCUACCUGCAGCCAAGGCUGGGUGGCUAGGGGAUCUGGUCCUGAACAGCAGGGGGGCUCUCACCAGCUGGAGCCCCCUUGCAGGGACCACCUUCUCCCCCUUCCCAGGCCGUGCCAGCAGAGUAAAGUGGGAGCGGGCCUGGUUCUGCGUCUCCUCCUGGCCCCUCCCUCCCCACACACUUUCAAUGUCUCAGCCCCCGGGAAGGAAGAAAGGGAGAAGGUGGAGAAUGCUGGGAUGGGAGCCCACCUUCCUUCACUGUGCAUCUGAGACAGGGGUGGCCCUGCAGAUCCUCCCCGGAGGCUGGAGAGGGGAGGAUGAAAUUAAGGCAUUUUCCCCCAAGUCAGCUGAAACCAAGGCACCGACUUACUGUUCCCUCCUCACUCGGGGGGGAACUAGAGAAUACUGUCUGGCCCCCAUGUCCACCUCAAGCUGGCCCAGGCUCCAAGGAGGAAAGGACAGAAUGCAGAAAAGUGGGUUUAGGGUACAACAUGGAGCAGGGGCUGGGAAGAGCACCCCACUGCCCCAGAGGGAGCCCACGUCUAGAGCUGUGACCUGGGCCACGGGCAUGGGGCCUGAGGCAGCUUAGAGGAGCAGGAGGGGCAAGGCUGAGAGACCCACACAGCACACGUUGUUGAAUGUGUGACUUUUUGUUUUUAAUAGAAAAAAUAAACAAAAUCACAAUGA